CUCUUUAAUUUUUGUUUACAUUGAGUUGUAAACGUUGUAAAACGUGAUUCAUUUAUUACUCAAUAACAAAUAUAUUAUUUAAUAUAUUUUUAUCAAAUAUUUGUUUACACGGAUUUAAAUAUACAAGAUGCCUUCAACUAAAAAAACUUUGCCCAAUAUUCUUAUAACUGGUACUCCAGGAGUAGGUAAAAGUACACUGGCCAGAAAGUUAUCAGAAAAAACUGGUCUUGUUUGGAGAGACAUAAGCAAGUUGGCUGAAGAAAACAGAUGUCUUGAGGAGUACGAUCCUAUUUAUCAGUGUCCUGUUUUAAAUGAAGACAGACUAUUAGACAGCAUGGAAAGUUUAAUGAGCAAAGGAGGCAACAUUGUUGAUUACCAUAGCGCUGAAUUAUUUCCCGAGAGAUGGUUCGACAUCGUUUUCGUUGUCAGAACUAAUAAUACUGUCUUGUACGACAGAUUAACUGCUCGCGGGUACCAGGGUAAAAAAUUAGAAGACAAUAUUGAGUGUGAAAUAUUCCAAACAAUCCUUGAAGAGGCUAAAUCAUCAUACAGAGACGAAAUCGUUCAUGAGUUAGAAAGUAAUACGCAAGAUCAAAUAGAGGCCAAUGUAAAUAGAGUAUGUCUUUGGGUUGAGCAAUGGAAAGAAGAUAAUGCCGUGUAAAUUAAAUUUGUUUUAUUAAAUAUAUAUUUACAAUAAUUUUACACUUUACG